ACGCUUUCAUCAGGUAAUGUUAUCAGGAAUAACUAAACCUCUGCUUCUUCUUUUUUUUUUUUUUACUCCGCCUCACUUUCUUUUUGCUUUAUUUAAUUCUUUAAAAAAAACAAAACAUCUUGUCUCUUAUCUAUUUCUGCAGCAGAUGCCAAUCAUGACUCAGGGGCGGGAUCUCCGUCUCCGGAGCGGUCCAGCCCCAGCCCUCGGAGGGUGGGCGCAGGCGAGCAUGACAUGCUGACCUGUGGCCAGUGCCAGACCAACUUCCCUCUGGGCGAUAUCCUGGUUUUCAUCGAGCACAAGCGCCGCCUGUGUCGGGGGCCCGGGAGCAGACCGGGGUCCUUCUCGAAGCCUGGGGAGACCGACGGGGUCACGGGCAUUUCCAUCUCGCCCAGGGCCAGGUCGCUGGAGAUGGGCAGAGGGUCCAUUCCGGUGGAGGUGGGCAUCCAGGUGACCCCCUGCAGAGAGGAGGACCUGGAGAGGAGGCUGACGCCGGCCAGAGGGAUCUGCCCCAAACAGGAGAGAGGAGAUAAAGAUGAGCCGUCCAGCUACAUCUGCACCACCUGUAAGCAGACCUUCACCAGCGCCUGGUUCCUGCUGCAGCACGCCCAACACACUCACGGCAUCCGCAUCUACCUGGACAACCACCCGGCCAGCUGCUCCCUCACUCCCCGCAUGGCUCUGCCUCCGCCGCCGUGCCCCGACACCCUGCCCCGCUCCCCUCUCCCCACUUUCCUCAGCGACACCAACAACCCAUUCCACCUCCUCCGCAUGGCUGCACCCCUGCUCAGGGAACACCCCCCUCCCCCGGGGUACAUGGAGACCCGGCUGCCUGCGACGCCGCCCUUUGUCAGCCCUCCCCCUCCCCCUAGACCCCCUCUAGAGCGGCUGGGCCCAGAGGAGAUGGGGCUGCUGUCGCAGCACCCCAGUGCCUUUGAGAGGGUGAUGCGGAUGACCCCCAUGGAGCCUCCUUCCAUGGACUUCUCCCGACGUCUGAGAGAACUGGCGGGCAACACGACCAAUAACGGCGGGCCCACGCCUCCUCUCUCACCCAACCGCGUGCCGCCCAUGCACCGCUUGCUGAGUCCCACGCUUUUCCAGCCCGGCACCAAGCCCCCAGCCUUCCUCACCUAUGCCCCGCAGCCACCCACCUCUCAAGGGGGACACGGUUCUUCCAGCCCUCCCGACAGCCAGGGUCAGAGCCAGGCGCCUGGGAAAUCCAAAUCCUGUGAGUUCUGUGGAAAGAUCUUCAAGUUCCAGAGCAACCUGAUCGUCCACAGACGCAGUCACACGGGGGAGAGGCCGUACAAGUGUCAUCUAUGUGAUCACGCCUGUUCUCAGGCCAGCAAGCUGAAGAGGCACAUGAAGACACAUAUGCACAACAAGUCUGGGUCCAUGAGCGGCUCCCCAGAACAGGGAAACAGAGAAGAGGGAGGAGAGGGUGAGGAGAAGAACAGGGAGGGGAACACAAGAGGGAUGGGGAUGGACAAUGAGGAGGAGGAGGAAGAAGAGGAGGAAGAAGAAGAAGAGGAAGAGGAAGAGGAGGAAGAGCUGAGGAAUGGAAGUCGGCCAGACUCCAACUUAAGUGAGGACUCUCAGGAGUUCAGCCAGAACAGGGAGAAUGGCCCGAGACAGUGUCCUGAGGAUAAACCCCUGGGCGGGGACAGAGUAAGUGACGGUGGCGGGGUGGGCAUCAUGCACCCGUACAACCACCUGGACAAUCACCUUAGACUUAACCCUAACAAGAGGAGCCUGGAGAGACAGCCCAACGGAGAUGGCGGAGAGAGGGGUGAAGAAAGAGAGAAUGAGAGGCAGCAGGACAGAGAGCAGGAUGAGCAGGUGGGUCAGAGGCCCGUGAUGAACGGCAGGAUCAGCGUAUCUGAAGCAGACUCCUUCCCCGGGCUGUUCCAGCGCCGGCCCACCCCCAUCACCAGCCCGAGCCCCUCCAACAACAAGAGAAUAAAGAUAGAGAAGGAACAGCUGGAUCUUCCUCCCACCUUACCCCUCAUCUCCCCGGAGAACGUCUACUCUCAGCUCCUGGCUGGCUACGCUGCUUCACGCCACUUCAUCAGAGAACCCUUCCUGGGAUUCACAGAUUCCCGUCAGUCGCCGUUCGCCACCUCCUCCGAGCACUCCUCCUCAGAGACAGGAAGCCUCCGCUUCUCCACCCCGCCAGGGGAGCUAAUGGAAGGAGGAAGCGCCUCAGGCCGCAGCGGCAGCAGCACCCCUCACCUCCUGCGGGGACCCGGACCCGGCAGGCCCCCGAGCUCUAAGGAUCGCAGGAACGACACCUGCGAGUACUGUGGCAAGGUGUUCAAGAACUGCAGCAACCUGACGGUGCACCGACGCAGCCACACAGGGGAACGGCCCUACAAGUGCGACCUGUGCAGCUACGCCUGCGCCCAGAGCUCCAAGCUGACGCGCCACAUGAAGACCCACGGGCAGUUUGGGAAGGAGGUGUACCGCUGCGACAUCUGCCACAUGCCCUUCAGCGUCUACAGCACGCUGGAGAAACACAUGAAGAAGUGGCAUGGCGAACAUUUGAUGGCCAGCGAGGUCAAACUGGAGCAGGCGGACAGAGGUUAAGCCAGCAAACAUUAGUUAUACAGCCUACAGUGUACACAACACUCACACACACAUACACAGACACACACACACAAACUCCCUAUAACCACUUCUUCAGCUACGGGGCUUGGCUGGAUAAUCUCUCUCUCUUAAAAAAAAAAUUGAGACUGAUUGAUGUUCAUCUUUUUUUCUUGUCACAGAAACUGCCACCUGAGAAUAUAAACAAAGGGAAACUUUAAUGAGAACUUGUCUGGAAUGCACAACUUGGUGUUUCUUGGCAAACUGUCUGAGGAUUUUAUCAGUUAGGAAUCCAUGGAGCCUUUCUACUGUGCAAUAAUUUCUGUAUUUAUUGGAUUUUUGUAAUGAUAUUUGGCAUGUGCAGGUACAUCUUUGUGGGAUUUCAUAUGGAGUUAGUUUUGAAAAUGUGCUAAAACAUUUUUCUUUUCUAAAAAUGCGAUAACUGGAAAGAAGUCACCCUUAAUACAAUUUUCUUUUUUCUCCUUUAAGGAAGCUUAUUAUCAUGUGUGAGUAAAAAUUGUGCAAAGCGGUUAGCUUUUUAAACUAAAAUAAAUAAGUAAUUGUUUUCUAUAUUAACUGCAGCAGCGGACUACAAUCCACUCCCUCAUACAAGCACUGAAUGUCAGCCUGACAAUAAAACAUCGUGCUGGAUUUUAAAAAUCCAACGUUAUCUUAAAGACCUGAUAAGUUGAAUUUAUUCAGGGAAUUUGUCCUUUUAAAUAUUGGCAUGUGAAUAGUUUCAAAAUGCAGUUACUGUAUUGCUGUCCUCGCAUCAGGACGUAAAUAAAGGUUGCACUUAAUGGAGGUACCCUUAAACUGAUGCUCAGAACAUUCCCAAUGUAGGAUUAAAAUACCAUAUUUAAUAUGUUGACUAAGUUAAGACUACUUGUGAUCAAUGUGAGAAGGAGAACAGUCCUGUUUAUGGUUUGUAAAUAUAUUCUUUUUUUUCUCCUCUAUAUGUUAAAGUAGCCCCGACUGUACGUGAACGAUGGCCUAAAAUGAAACAAUCAGAGGACCAGCUGCUUGCAUCAUCCACAGUAUAUGCUAAGUGUAACUACCAUUCAUUAUUGCUUUAUCAGACCCACUUGAUUAUCUCCCCCGCUCCCCCACCCCCACACGUGUGCCACCUCAAAGGCAAUUUGUUAAAGCUACUUCAACAAUUGUAACGCUUUCUAAAUCACCUCCCUCUGCCGCGGCGUCUCUCUCUGACCCGGGUCGGCUUCCCGUGUCCCCCUCAGGAUCCACAAAAUGGCUCCAAAUGAAAUUCAUAUCAAUACGUGUUAGCGUGUGUGUUCUUCUCUCCACAGCGUGCUCUAAGCCUCUCUCUCCGACGGCGUCUUUUCACAGUUCACUAGCUCAGAUUCAUGCAUUAGAGCGGCUUUUAAAAGGGAAGCCUGUUCAUUCGCCUCACAAAGUGAUAUGGGUUUAACUCCCAGUAACAGAUUUUGAGACAGUGUGCGUGUUCGUGACUUUUGGGGAUUACGGUUUUUAUUUUCUGCAUCGUUCAUCCUGAAAUGAAUCUGCUAGAGAAAGAGAGAGGGAGGGAGAGAGGAAAAAAGAGGCUAUAUGAGUUAUGAUAAUUUUGAGCACAGCUGCAACAGGGGGACGGCCGGGCGACCUUGAGUAGGGGCUAUUCUUAUAGUCAAAGUGAAAGAUUGGAACGAGAGAGAUGAAGAGAUGUGAGAGAGAGAUGGCGGGAGUGAGAGUGCGAGACCUUGACCAGGGAGAAGAGUCAUUCAAAUGAAAUUGGAAGCAUAUGAAAAGUGUGUUUUUUUUUGUACCCAAAUGCACAUCUACAGUGGCCACAUCUUAUAACGGACCAUCAGAGUGAGACAGAGUGAGCGUGAGAGGGAGGGAGACGGCGAAGCCACAUGAAAGGAGAUAGAGAAUACAUCUUUCACUUAGUUCUGCAGUCGUCACAAUCAUCCUCCAGUUUGACCUGCUUUUUUGGCCUAUUGUCAGGUUUUAUCUGUGCCAUUUUUGUUUCAAUAGAAACUGUGUCUUGAAUGCAAAUCCCCAAUUUUUUUGAUUUUUAGAAAGGCAGGAGGCCACAGCAGCUCUCUGUGAGCUAGGUGAUGUAUUUUAGCACAUGAGAGCAAAAAUGUAGACCCUGUUGUAAACGUGUUAAUUCCAGGAGAGCUCAGUUCAGUGCGGCCAGAACGAGGCAUUAAAACUAUGAAAUUCACUAUCAAGGACCACACCUCAACAAGAUGUGUUUAACAGGUUUGUUAAAGACAAAAAUGAGCGAUGUGUGAGGCUCGGACUGCUUGUAGCUCAUCCACUUUGCCGGAAUUUGUCGUAGCAGUCAGCCAUGAUGAACCCCCUCAGUAACCCUAUGUAGAGGAGAGGAGGACAUAGGGAGGGAGGGAGGGGCGAUGAAGAGUGGAACAGGAGGUGUGGCUCAUUUAUGCUCAACAUUAGAUACGGACACAGAUGGAGCUUUCCAUAUUUUCUGUUUUCCUAAAACUUACAGAUACAGACAAAAGGGAGCAGUACCACCACAGGUCAUGGCCGUGUAGCUUAGUUCAAGCAAGAUACGAUGUUAGGAGGUGAUGAAGACAUUUAAAAAAAAAGGUGGAACAGAGCGAACUGGUAAUAUAAGCCCCUUUUACAUCGCCUCUUCAAUUUCACGCCGUUAUUUCACCUCACCAUUCUUUACAAAAGCAACAAUCAUGGAGUGGGGGGGCAGAGUUGUCUCGCCUUUAAGCUGGCAGUGGAGGUAAAAACGGUGACAAAAUGAUGUCUGUGUCAAAGGGACAGCCGCCAAGAUGGGGCGAUGGAUGGGACGGGCGUUUGACGACGUGUUGUAUGUGUGACCUCCACCGGGAGAUAUAAAGAGCAGCUGAUAGCAGUUAGCGGCUAACUAAAAUUAGAACUAAUGCCCACAAAUUGGCAAAACAAGUAGGUGCAGGAGCUCCUUAUCCUCCGAGCAGAGGACGAGAUCAGCCACCGUGUACCAGGGAUGGUAAACGACUGUUGUUGCCAUGCUAAUGCCAUUUUAACUGUUAAUAAAAUGCUGCCACGCAUAUGUUAUAUGUCGCACUAGAGGCUGGCGCUGUUGUUACAUGUCACGCCUGUCAUGCUGUCUAAAAUCACACA